AUGACGUCGAUGCUCAGCAAGUUCACCGCCAUCGGCGGCCUGUCCGGCAACGACGCGGCGCGCAACCAGAACGACAUGCAGGGCCUCGCCGCGCUCUCGAGCUCGACGCCGCACCGACCGGCGCGGAAACCAACGUCGCACCCGCAUCGCAUCACGCUUCAAUCCACGCACAGGCACCAGCUCGGCAAGACCAAGGCCAUGACCUCGGCGAGCCGCUUCGGCUCGGCGCAGCGCGUGCCCGUCGCGGCGCGGAGCCCCGGCGGCAAGGAGGCCUUGAAGCCCCUCGACGAGGACUCCGAGAUGCACGAGGCCGACGCGCCGCCUCCCUCGAACCGCGCGGGCCCGCACAACGCCUGCGACAUGACGCUCGACGACUUCGAAGUGGGCCGCCCGCUCGGCAACGGCAAGUUCGGCCGCGUCUACCUCGCGCGCACGAAGCGCGACAAGUACAUCGUCGCGCUGAAAGUCCUGCGCAAGUCGCAGCUCGAGAAGAACGGCGUCGAGCACCAAUUGAGACGCGAGAUCGAGAUCCAGACGCACCUCGUGCACAAGAACAUCCUGCGCGCGUGCGCGGCGUCCCUUCCCUUCGACGUGCGCUGUGCGACGCGUCGCGGCGACGGAGUGAGGGAGUGUGCGACGCGUCGCGGCGACGCCGUGAGGGAGGACGCGACGACGCGGCCCACGCAGGCAUGUACGGCUACUUCUGGGACGAGAAGCGCAUCUAUCUGAUCCUCGAGUACGCCCCCGGCGGCGAGCUCUACAAGCGCCUCACGGCGAAAGGAAGGUUCAGCGAACAGGAGACGGCGCGCUACGUUCUCGAGAUGGCUAGGGCUCUAGGCUACUGCCACCAGAAGCAUGUUAUUCAUCGCGACAUCAAGCCCGAGAACCUCCUCUUGGGAUUGAACGGCGAGCUGAAGAUCGCGGACUUCGGCUGGUCCGUGCACGCGCCGUCGCUGCGAAGGGAGACGUUCUGCGGCACGUUGGAUUAUCUGCCGCCGGAGAUGGUCGAGGUGCGCGGCUACGACGAGAAGGUGGACUUGUGGUCGCUCGGCGUGCUGUGCUACGAGUUCUUGGUAGGGGAGCCGCCCUUCGACGCGCCGGGCAAGAAGGCGACGUUCAAGCGCAUUUCUCGGGUCGACCUGAACUUCCCGGCCUACGUGUCCGCCGGCGCGCGCGAUUUGAUCACGAGAUUGCUGGCCAAGGACCCGAAGACUCGUUUGAGCUUGUCGGAAGUGGAGCGGCACCCGUGGAUCGUGCGCAAGACGAACCCGGACCCGGUCCCCUAG